UCAUUCAUGGACACGAAAAAAGUUUUUCAAACUUUUCGCGCCCCACAUAGUGCUUUAUCAUAUGUUCCUGCUGGUAGGAAAGAUGGACACUUCUAUAUUGUGGACAAUACCGACAACAUGAGUAAACGUGAACAGGGUCAAAAAACUGAGUUCUGGGAUGAUUAUGGUGCUUGGAAAAAGCCUUCCUGCCCAAAAACAUUGUUUGUCCAAGAUAAAGAUCGAGUAGUGACAGUUGUAUUACGUGAUAACAAAUAUUGCGUUGAAAGAACAAUAAAAUCAAAGAGAGUGUACGUGCCGCUAGAACCACAACCGGAACAAGCAGAUGUAUUAGUAAUGCACCAAACAUAUCAAACACUUAACGCAUCCAACACGUGCAAACGACGCAUAACAUGGUUCGGCAACACACCGGAAAAUUUCAGUUACCUGCCAAAAGACCGUGCUUUAAUAGAAUAUAUUGGAAAAUUUCCUGGUGCUCAAUUCCACGGCAAUGUUAAAAACGCACAGAAGAACCAAAAAUACAUAAAAACAAAAGAGAAGGUUAAGGCAGAAUUAAAAAGUGAAUUAAAACAUAAAAGCGCAAAACAAGUAGAAAAAAAGAUGAAUAGUGAACACGAUAAUGACUUUGACAAACAAAGAGACGAUAAACAAUUAAUGAAUUUCAAAUACAAUCUAAACAAGAAAGAUAAGCCAAAUUCCAACGCCGCAGAUCAUAUAAUUGCGGUUGAAGAAAUGGUUAAGAAUAAUGGCUGUGUACAAAGGGUGUGCCAUGUACAGGGAUUAAAUCACCCUGUCAUAACUUUAUAUAAUAAUCAACAAAUAUGUGAUAUUAAAAGGUUCUGUUGUAAAGAAGGUGGUGAAAUCUUAGGACUAGAUAAGACUUUUAAUCUUGGUGACUUCCAUGUUACCCCGACAGUAUUUAAAGAUCGAUCAGUUUUAAGAAGAACUAACAUGGAACAUCCUAUCUGCUUCGGACCGACGUUUAUUCACACCAAUUCGUCGGCGGACACUUAUAAAAUAUUCAUGCAUCACAUUGCAGACCGUUUGACAGAUAAUGAAAUCGACAAUCUAGUUAUCGGAACAGACGAAGAGCUCGCCUUUAAAACUGCGAUACAUAGAUGCUUUUCCGGUGCUACACACGUUCUUUGCACCAGACAUUUAAAGAAUAAUACUUUGAAAUACAUGGAAGAACAUUCCGGGUGUACACUCAAAGAAAGACAAAAUAUUUGUGGUUUGAUUUAUGACAAAAAUGGAAUAACUGAAUCGAUGGACGAUGAUACAUUAAAUGUUCGCGUAGAUAAUGUGCGUUCCUUACUUGUUAAGCCAGAAAACCAAAGGUUCUUGAACUAUUUUGAAGACAGAUUACUACCUUUGUUGAAAGAACAUAUCAUUACGCCUUUCAGACAAGGGAAAAUUGAGUCUAAUUGGACAAGUAACAAUUCGGAAAGCGCAAAUCAUGUACUUAAGGCAGCUGUGAAUUGGAAGAUAUGUGACUUACCAAAAUUCAUAGAGAGUUGGCAGGAAAUAGUAGAUAAUGAAAGUAAAGAGAGACUAAGGGCAAUAAGAGGGAUGGGAAACUUUAAAGUGGCUCGACCAUUCGAGCAUCAUUUGGUCGACGUUUCAACGUGGUCUAUGAUGACUGGUGACCAGCAGAACAAUCGGAUGAAACGAUUUAGAAAUGAUAAAGGGCGAUUUCACGCUAACGAAAUCAGGUCCUCAAACGGACAACGAACGGUCAUUAAAACCCCAUCAGCUGGCAAAAAGCCUAAUCAACAAAAACGAAAAAGGGCUGAAAGGUCGAGGACACCGUCUUGUAAACGGCGUGUCCUUUGUGAUUAGUUAUGUGAACACUGUAUAUAAAGCGAACAACAUAUUUCAUGUCAUGUAUAUUAUGUAUAUAUAAUUUCAACUAAUGUAUUUGUUAAACUAAUAAUAUACUUUGUGCUUAUUAUGCUAUCAUACGAUAUGUUAAUGUUUGUGUAUAUACUUCGUUUUA